GUCGAUCAUCAUGUGGCUGCGCUGCUGCUCUUUCCCACUCACGCACCACGCGCGCAGAAAUGUCCACAUCGAUCACAACAUCUCCAGGCCAAGGUACAUAGGUACCUAGUCUACAAUCACGAUGCCCGGCCUAGCGAGAAAGCUGCUGGUAUUUGCUGCUGUCGACGGUCUGUUCGUUCAAGCGGCGGGUCAACGAGUGGCAGAGGACCGGAACGCUGGAGUGCGGAUAGCAUACGGUGGAAGCAACACGAUCACGACGGCACGCGAGCAGAAUGAGACCUUGGAAGGCGCUUCGCUAGAGGCUCAUGGCAUCGUUGGCCUGCUGAAUCUGGUCUCACAAAGCUAUCUUGUCACGAUCACGAAGCGUCAGCAGGUCGCACAUAUUCGCGAGAGGCCGGUAUUCAGGAUCACCGAUGUGUCACUGAUACCGCUAUCAUCCAGAGCGGAGGCCGCAACCGCUAUCAGUGAAGCACAGAAGCGCCUUCGUCCUGGCAGUGGCAGCGAUGAGGGUGAAGAUGAUGAGACCAGUACGAUAGGAACAGAGCCGGGAGAGCAGGCACAGGAACACUACCCAGAGAAUGGUGCUGAUGCGCUGGAGCCGUCCAAGGAGGACACGGUCAGGAAAAACACAAUGCAGGAUGUGAUACAGACCAAGGGCAAAUUUGCACGCUAUGCAACCAGCUGGUUUGGCAAGACUGGCACUCCGGCCAAUUCCAAGUCGUCGGAGAGUGGUAAGACAAUUCCACAGGAGCAGGCCAGGCAGGAAGGAGAGGACCAGCUGGACGUAAGAGAACGCGUCGAGGAUGUCCAGAGUAGGUCAAGUACCGAGAAGCGUCGACAGACUGCCGUUGACUUUUUGGCACCUCGCAUCCUCAGGAACGCCAGGCUGUACUUCAGCUCGAGCGGGUUCUACUUCUCCUACGACCACGAUCUGUCUCAUGCACUGGGCCGAGCUCCCCAAGUAUCCUCCUCAAUGCCCAUGUGGAAGCGAUUUGAUAAUUUGUUCUUCUGGAACCAACAUCUGAUCAAGCCCUUCAGCCACGCUGGACAAGACAGUCUUGUCUUGCCAUUGAUACAGGGCUUUGUGGGCCAGCGAGCCUUCUCCAUAAUGCUGGCAAAUGACCAGAGCGUCCUGACUGAAGCCGAUGGCACUGAGCUGACUGACUUCUCUCAGAGUGAAACAGCCAAGGAUGCCAUCAACCAUGACUUUCUUCUCACUCUUAUCAGUCGGAGAUCCGUGAAGCGUGCCGGGCUUCGAUAUCUGCGACGAGGCAUUGAUGACCAAGGUAAUGUGGCGAACAGUGUCGAGACUGAACAGAUUCUAUCUGGCCAAGUGAACGACAGCACGGAGAAGUUAUUCUCACUCCUGCAAUAUCGAGGCUCGAUGCCUUUAUUUUUCUCGCAGAGCCCGUACAGCUUCAAGCCCGCGCCAGUACUCUUUGGUAGCGAGGCAACCAACCAGGCAGCCUUUCGGAAGCACUUCCAAUCCCUCGUGGAUCGGUAUGGCGACAUGCAGGCUGCCUCGCUGGUUGACAAACACGGUACGGAGGUUGGUAUUGGAGCCGUCUACGAGAACAUGGCGAAUACUUUGAACGAGAAAGGCGGCAUCAAUGGGAAAUCAAUCGGCUUCGAAUGGUUUGACUUCCACGGAGAGUGCAAAGGCAUGAAGUUUGAGAAUGUCUCGAUAUUGAUGCACACCCUCGACAAGUUCUUGACCUCGUCAGGCUGCACGAUCGAGCAAGAUGGAAAGGUCGAGCAGAAGCAGAGCGGCGUCUUGAGAACAAACUGCAUGGAUUGCCUUGAUCGCACGAAUGUCACCCAAUCCGCAGUAGGGGCGUGGGCUCUACAGCAACAGCUUGCGCAACUGGGGUUGGACAUUGACCUGGAGAGUGAUCCCAAAACGCAAUGGUUCAACACUCUGUGGGCUGAUAAUGGUGAUGCCAUCUCGAAGCAAUAUGCUGGCACGUCCGCACUCAAAGCAGACUUCACGCGAACGAGAAAGCGGAAUUGGGCGGGCGCUUUGUCUGAUUUGUCUCUCACGAUCAAUCGCUACUACAACAACAUUUUCGGCGAUUACUUUUUGCAGGCUAACAUUGACUACUUUCUGGGCGCUCUGCCUUCGGUUUUUGAAGAAUUUGAGACCAAUAUGACCACGCAAGACUAUGCCCUCGACAUGAAUGUCAUUCGGCAGAAUGCAAUCGAUACUAGCGAGAAGAUUGUACUGGGAGAUGACGAAAAUCUCAUCUCGGCUUGGACGCUGAGUUCUCCCCGAAGGGCAAACACUUUGCGAUCUUUGCCGUUUGAGGAGUGUGUGGUGUUGCUUACAGAUGAAGCACUAUAUCACGUGCGCUUCGAUUGGAACACAGACAAGGUUGGGUCCUUUGAGAAGAUAUGUUUGCUGGACAUUCGAGAAAUCUGGCGUGGACCUUAUAUCACGUCUGCGUUGGGUCCGAUCCAUCUUGAUCCGUCUAAGAACUAUGGCUUUGCGCUCAGAUAUACGUGCGGGUCAUCCUCCCUUGUGCCGACAAACACGCGUACACUCGGUACUUCUCCGGAUGACGCUGAAGCUGCGUCUGAAGGCGAGGGAGUCGAGCAUGAGAGUAUCGAACAAAAGCACAUAGCAGAUGACAGCAAUCGCGGGAAUCACACAGUACCCAAGGUUGGUGAUACGCGGAUGCUGGCUUUCAAGGCGCUACCUCCAGGCCACAUGAAGGCAGAUACCAAAGCGGAUAACCGUGCAAAUCUGGGCUCGGUAGAAGCUGUCGUGCGUAUCACAGAGGAGCUGCAGAAAGCGAUCCGUGGCGCGAGAAAAGUGGACAGUGGAGGUAGCUCCGAAGAGACCAAGGACGAAUUCCAUGUUCAGGAACACGAUAUCAUCUCCGCAGCUGAGGCGAAGAAGAGCACGUCUUACGUGGAGAGUCUGGGAUAUACGUUGAAGAAGCUGGUGUGGUCAUAGCAUAUGGCAAUCGGAGUGUCAUGGCGUCAAGGAAGAGGAUAGCUUCCAUGUUUGACAGAUGGAGCGGGCUUUGGUGAGUCUUGAAAUUUUCUACGUAGUGCGCAUAAUAUUUGUGCAUCGCCAGAUUGAUCGACAAGACAGAAGCAUGUAGGAGGUAGGAUUGGCAGGCCAAGCCUCGCAAAGGACGUAAAAGUGUGGACUUCACUUAUGAGUAAUACUAUAGACUAAGAGGUGCGCGAACAUUCACGCGUCAAUCUCGCGAUUCACUCUCAGCCAACGAAGCUAUAACGAACGUGGUUUUCGCAAACAAUCACGUAACGAGGGACUUCGCCGUAGCUUCCUUAUACGAACCACCUUCCCCUUCGCGCCUGCUUCGAAAAACGAAACCCUUCACCACUCCCACAGCAACCCCAAUUGUAUACUGUCAUCUGCACACUCGUCGCCGCAAGAGUUAUGCCGCGCUGCUACCUCGAGCCCACUGGCGACCACGACGACGAAGGCCUCGAUGCCGUCCGUCUGUGGCUCACAGGCUUCAUUACCGCCGACGACGACUUCUUCACCAACCCGCCUCCUCGCAUUGAAGACUUGCAUUCGGGUUUGAUAUGCGCCGUCAUGGAGAUCAAAGUCCGCCUCGACCCCCAGCUUGAAUACGUCGUCAACACCGCCCUAGAAGCUCAAUGCAGUAUCGAACUCGACCCGGCGUCUUUUUGGUCGAAGCGGAAAUUCAAUGUAGAGGCGUUGGAACGUAUUCGCGAACCGGGAAUUCGAGCUCUCAACCGGCGGCUGACAAUGAGGCAUUUGGAAGACGCGAGAAGUGAAAUCGGAUGGGUGAAUCAUGAAAUUAGGAGGCUGGAGGUGCAUUGUGAUGUGGCGUCGAAAUUGAUUGGUGCCAAGGUCAGGAGUAGCUUUUCCUAUCGGCCGACGGAGAGGGUGGAGGGUUUGAAGCGUGCGCUGGUGCCGGAUGUGGAGAGAGAUGGGUUAGUGUUGAGGAAGGAAAGGGGAAGGAAGAAGGGGGAUGAGAGUGAGGAUGAGGACGAGGAUAUGUUGGAUCAUGAUGUCGAUGCGGAUUUGGAUGCUGAGAGGAGGGAGAGAAGCCGGACGCCCGAGCCGGGAGAGACGAGUGAGUACGAUGAUUAUGACUUGAGCGAGGAGGGGGAAGUGGGAGAGGAAGACGCUGCCAUGAGUUACGAAGUUGAAGAGGACAAGGAGAAUGUGUCUAGAGGCAGGGCAGACAGUGUUGUGCAUGGGUCAUGGGGAGAUUUGAGGAUAUGAAGUGCUACUAUAAGCGGUCUUUCAAGUGUCUGGUCUAAACAUUCGAAGAGAGGCAGAACGCAGUUCACUUCAUCACUGAGUACUCCGUUAGCACCAGAGUGAGCCUGCUCGGUACAGCGUGAACGAAUACUAUACGACAAUGAAGUUACUUGACAACAUCCACCUUUCCUUUUCAGCGGCAGAAAAAAAAAAACCAGACUCAACUCGCCAAAUCAUAAUGCAUGCUGCCGCACAUACUCACACAACACAAUCCCCGCCGCAGUCUGCACAUUCAAACUCCUCGUAAUCCCCACCUGAGGAAUUUCCACCAACAAAUCACACUCGGCCAACACAACCGCAGGAAUCCCCUCCCGUUCACUCCCCACAACCAACACACAUUUCUCCGGCAACACACACUCUUUCGACCCCAAAAUCGCCGACCGAUCCGUCUGUUCAAUCCCCACAACAUAAAACCCACCUCCAUCUUCUCGUUUUUUCGCCGCGAGAAAUUGCGCAAGAGAAGCCGGUGGCAGGGGUUGAAUAUCGAGAUGAAGAUGCGAAGAGACGGAAGUCGAAGUGAAAUCUUUGGACGAUGUGGUGAGGCGCG